AUUCGAAACUCAUCCUUUCUCUAUCUACACAUAACUCCAAAAUAUCAAUCUCUCUCUUAACAAAACCAAAUAAAAAGAAGGAAGUCUCUAUCUUUUUGCUGAGGAAUCUCCUUAAUUUGUGUGUCUCUUGUGUGCAUCAAUGGAUGAGAAAGGAAGAAACUUAAAGAACAUCAACAUGGAAGACGAAAUGGACCUGAAAAGAGGUCCAUGGACCGCUGAAGAAGAUUUUAAGCUCAUGAAUUACAUUGCUACUCAUGGAGAAGGUCGAUGGAACUCCCUUUCUCGUUGUGCAGGACUCCAACGCACUGGUAAAAGCUGUAGGUUACGGUGGUUAAACUAUCUCCGCCCUGACGUCCGCCGUGGAAAUAUUACCCUCGAAGAACAACUCUUGAUCCUCGAGCUUCAUUCUCGUUGGGGAAAUCGGUGGUCAAAAAUUGCACAAUACUUGCCGGGAAGAACUGACAAUGAGAUCAAAAACUAUUGGAGAACACGAGUGCAAAAACAUGCAAAGCAGCUUAAGUGCGAUGUGAACAGUCAGCAAUUCAAAGACACAAUGAAGUAUUUGUGGAUGCCUCGGCUCGUCGAGAGGAUCCAAUCUGCAUCAGCCUCAGCCACAGCCGCAACCACCACUACUACUACCACGACAGGAUCAGCCACCACAUCAUCUAGCAUCACAACCUCUAACAAUCAAUUCAUGACGUAUGAUUACAACAACAACAGCAUGGGACAACAAUUUGGUGUAGUCAAUAACGAUUAUAUCAAGCCGGAAAACUCCAACGUGGCAGUGUCUCCGAUGUCAGACUUGACGGAGUACUACAGCGCUCCAAACCCGUACCCGGAAUACUAUUCGGGUCAAGUGGGUAAUAGCUAUUAUCCGGAUCAAGAAUUGGUGGUUCCACAAAUGUUACCGGAUAAUUAUUUUGAUUAUUCUGGAUUAUUAGAUGAAGAUUUACCGGCUAUGCAGGAGCAGAGUAAUCUUAAUUGGUUUGAAAAUAUUGAUGGAACUACUUCUUCUUCGGACAGUUUAUGGAACAUUGGAGAAAAUGAUGAAGACUUAUGGUUUUUACAGCAACAGUUCAACAAUAAUGGCAACUUCUGAAUACAGUUUUAAAAUAGAAACGUUAUUCACUUAAUUAAACACAAAGUAUACGUGUGAAAGACAUUCGUUGAAGGAGAAUAAUUAAAGACAAGGAAUGUGUUAACGAUAUCAUAUUAGGAUAUAUGAUCAGCUUUUUUGUUUCAAGCUUGAUCAAUAUGAUUGGUUUUUUCUUUUUUUUUUUUUG